AUGGUACAGACAGGGAGGUGUAACUGCGAUGCGAUCGAAUACAAGCUCAACGACGACGUCAGCCAAGCCCUCAUAUGCUACUGCAAGACGUGUCAGCGCUCCUCGUCAUCUCACUCCCUCAACUUCCGCACCGACAUCGACCUCAUCCACGUAACCCGCGGAGAGCCCAAGGCGUGGGACAGCACCGUCUCGGGUUCUGGCAAGUCUGUCCGGCGCGUGUUCUGCCGCGAGUGCGGGACGAAUCUCUGGAGCGAGCCGUCGUGCUUUGAAGGCAAGGCUUUUGUCAAGGUCGGCACCCUCGACAAUCCGGGGAACGGGAGAGUGCAACUGGUCGCCGAGGUGUUUUGCGAUCGCGCAUUCCGGCCAUUCGAGCCUUCCCCAAGCCUCGGUCAGGUCCAGUUCUCCCAAGGGCCGGGGAGUGUGCCGUUCCGGCAGCCAGAGCGGCGCGCCACUGCCCUCCAGUAG